UAAAUAUAUACGUAUACUAUGGCCACGAAGUGAAAAGUAGACUGUAGAAGUGGUUCAGAGGUAACAGUUGAUACAUCGCUUGGUGGUACGGUUAGGACACAUUAUCACAGGAAGAAGGGAAAAAGCAAAUUGUUUAUAAGAAUAGGUAGGUCGUAACGAUCGGCUAUGCAAUGGGACUAAAAUUCACGUGAAUGGAAUGUAUUACUGUCAUGUAGUACGUACAAUGACGUAUAGACGUCAAGAGAAUAUAAAGUACUUAUUUUUUUUUCCACUGUUAUCAUGGAUUCCAGAUUGAGGGACAAUGUACAACAUCUUUUCGAGUGUUUUUGUGAAAUAGCUGCACCAUUAGGAGAGAGGCCGCCUUGGAUACUUCAAAAGUAUCCUACUUCAUUUUCGGGAGAAAUACUUAAAUCUGUUCCAAAAUUUGCAUACCCAUGUGAAAUUGAAAAUCUGUUGGUGCAACAUUUUUCAUUUGUAUUCACUAGUUCAAAAUGGACGUUUGGAUUUUGUCGACACGAUCCUAAAACAGAUACAGCUUUAGUAAUCUUAAGUGCAUUACCAUGGCACGAAUAUUUUACAAGUUAGCUUUUAAAUAAUAUUGCAACCUUAAUGAGUACUGGCACUGGAGAAGAUCUCUGGAAAUUUCUUGAAACUGUGUAUAGAAGUUCAGUUCCCAUUCCUGGUAGUUCUAUAUCGAUCCCUGUACCAAAUUCUAAAGUGAAUUUUGUUUGUCAAAGUCCGAAACAAUUUCAAUUACCAAGUAUACCUGAAAAUAGAAAUUUGACCGAGUAUUACAGUGCUGUUGAUGAGAAUAUGAUGAUAGUUGCUUCUAUGUUAUACGAACGACGAAUUAUUUUCACUUCAAAACGUCUUUCAAGAUUGAGCGCAUGUGUUCAAGCAUGCAACGCUUUAUAUAUCCGAUGAUUGGCAACAUAUAUACUACCAGUACUACCACUAUUUUUAAUAGAUUAUUUAUUAGCACCAAUGCCAUUUUUAAUCGGAGUUCCUGCUCCAACACUUCAGAGAGUACGUAAAGGUGAUUUAGAAGAAGUAGUAAUUUUGGAUGCUGAUAAUAAUACCAUCGAAUCGCCAUAAGACUUGGAAUCCUUACCUCAGGAUGUGGUUCGUGACAACUUGAAAAGGGCAUUACGUAAUAGACCCGCGCUUCUCCCCCCCCCCGGUGAUGGAGUGUCAAGGGCAUUUCUGCGUGCAUUGGUACCAUUAACAGCUGGCUACAGGGACGCAUUAACGCUGGAACAGGACAAAGUAUUACUUUUGAUCGAGAUGCAUUUAUAGAAAAGCAGACCUCCCUCGAUGCAACCUUUUGUACGAGAAAUGUUGCAGUUACAAAUAUUUUCCAGGUUUAUAGAAGAAAGACUGAAUAUGCUUAAUUCAGGACGGUUCUCGGAUGAGUUCGAAAUGGAAGCUUGUAGUUAUUCCGCUAAAUCUGGUAGUAAAUUUAUGCAGCAGUACCGGGAAUGGACGUAUACCAUGCGAAAGGAAAGUUCCGCGUUUUUCCGCAGUGUGAAAGAUAAAGCCAAUCCAGCUGUAAAAUAUGCAGUUAAAUCAGUAAAAGACAAAGGUAAAGAUAUGAAAACAGCAUAUAAAGGAUUGAAAUGGAAAGGUCGAUCAAAUAGAAACGAAACGGGUAUGAGGUUUUAUCAACCAAGAUCUGCACCUAGUUCGCCUACAGUGGAUAGAAGGCCUAUUGAUUUUACAUCUCCUUCAAAAUCACCAAAUGGUUUUACAGCUACAACUAGUUAUAGAAAAGAUCUUCGGAUGCGAAAUAGCAAUUUUACCGAUUCAAGUAGACAACAAUAUUCUCCAUUGAGUCCUAGCUCUCCAGAAGAAUCUGAUUCUCCACCAGAAAGGGUAAAUAUCGAUCUUAUGCAAGAACUUCGUCACGUGAUAUUUCCAAAUACACCUCCUAUCGAUAGAACAUUGAAACCAGUGCGCAGCUUAGACAGCUUGAGACCUGCAUGGAAUGGACAUAUGCGGCACGGUCCUCCGCCUAAUCCAGUUGUCACAAAUCCAAUUGUAUCCUCCUCUUUACAAACAAUAUCCUCUAAUCCACAUUCCACCUUAAUUAGUUUGGUAGAUCAGUCAAAUAUUACGUUUAACACCAAUGAUAAUAUUAAUACUCGAACUAGUGUAAAUAAAACAUAUCCAUUUGAUUCUUUGGCCUUGAAAGUAAAUAAACAGGAGAAGAAAUUGACAAAUCAUCAGAAGAGUCUGUUCAUAAUGCACACUCGAGUAAUUUUUUGCAUGAAUUUACAGAACAUAUACAUCUCGUAUUCGCAAAAAACGGAUAUAAAUCAUUGUAAGAAUGGUUUGAAAAUUGCUCAAAAAACAACUGAAAUUUAUUCUUUCGACAAAUGUCUGAAAAAUUUCAAUUCUCGCUUUCAUUUGAAAGAGAAUGAUCCUUUGAUACAAGUAAGUAUUAUACCUUCCUAUUUGCAACCACCGAUCUUUCAAGCUACAAAUGCAUCGUUGUCUGUUAAUUGUCACGUUCCAUCCCAUGCAUACAAUAGUACAUCUUACUCUGCACAUUCGAAGGUAAACGUCAUAAUUCCAGAUUUAAUUAGAUUAGAUUCGACUACAAGCAGCGAAGACUUCGACCCGCUACUUUAAUCGUCGGAAUUCACCAAUUCCAAACAAAUGACUCAGUCGUUACAUAUUCCUGAGAUGGGCGAGGGUCUUAGCAAUCCGCUAUACCCUUACUUUCAACCAUUGCACAAAAAUAAUGACAAGCAACAAAAAUCCUCCGAUAAUAUCGGUGAUUUGGAUUUGUUACAAGCCUACGGUUUGGAUUUUAACAAAUUUAGUAUAAGCAACGGCGAUUCACCGACGAAAAAGUCUAACAUAUGUAACACAUCCGAAAACAGUAUUAAUGUAGAUAAUACGUGCAGCUUAAUGAAUACACCUGCCAUUAAAUCACAAAAUAAUUGGACAAAAUUCGAAUAAGUAAUAAAUUACCGUUCACAUAUCAUAAUUGUACAUAUAAUGUUAAUACUGUUUUUCUUUUCUUUCUUGUUAUUCAUGCCGUAAUAAGAACUAAUGUAAGUUCAAUGCCUACAGGAAGCAGUAGUUAACAGAAAUUUUACAGAACGAUAACAAUAGUUAAUAUUAAUGACUUCAUAGGAAGGUGGAGAUACAAUAAUUUGAUUUCUUGCACAACCGUAACAUUAUACAUUUUUGAUAUAAAGAAUACUUCCAAAUGUUUUAUGGUCGCGUAAUUUUUGAUCAUUGUUUCUAUAAAUUUAAUUAUACACGGUUUCGUACAAGUUUGUUUUCUAUCGAUGCUUUUUAUUCAAAACAGGGGAUAUGUAGUUAAAAAUUACAAAUACACUUUCGUAUAAUAUGUAUGAAAUAAAUUCUUGAAAUCUUUACAUAUACAUAUAUUAAUACUAUAAUGAAUAUCAUGCAAAAUGAUAGGAAACAUAAUGCAUAAUACUGACUGUAUGAAACGUAUACUUAUCUGUUAUUAUUCUACUGUAAUCAUUUUCCUAUGUUAUUUUCAUAAAUAAAUUAUAUUUAAUGAUAGAGUGAAUAUAAUCGAUCGGACCAAAUUAAGUACGGAUAUUGAAAUUAUAUAGUUCAUCCUUGUUAGAUUUUAAAUAUAUUAAUUUAGUAGU